AUCGAGGGUCGCAGCUCCAGCCCCCAUUUUAUUUGAGGGGCCCAUGGCCUUCUCCAGGGAUCUCCGCGCGGUCAUGCCGAGGUUAUGGAUGGUCUCGUGACCAAAUUGACAUCUGCCCGGCGGCGGCCGAGAAGAUGGACGAGACGAGAGGGAGCAUCUGGAGGAUGCGGAGAGCCCACGGUGUUGAAUCGACAGAUCGGGCUAUUCUCUGGGCAUGUAACGCUGACCAGAUUCAUCAUCAGGACCAUCUCUCGUGAAUAUCAGAUCAUAUCUGCCAAGUUAACCCAACAGCAGCAUAGAUCACCGCUGUACGUCAAGCCUCCACGCCAGGCGUUGGGGGCACAGCAGCUGAGCAGCCAUGAGAACCAAUGUGCUGCAGGUGAUUUAUUUGGCGCCCCGCGCUGCAACCCGAUGAUGCCCGCUGAUAAUGCAAUGCAGGCCGUCCCAUCCCCAACGACAUGUUACGCCGCCUUUACUGAUUCAGUCGGUCCGCAUCACAUAUCACGUAGAGGCGCCAAACACCUAACACCGUCAAGCAUGGCUUUCUCUAAAUUGCAUGGCGAGCUGCACGCCUAAGCAGGCUAGCCAACCAUUUGCCGGCGGGCUCCCACU